UCCAGUGCGAGUUCCUCAAAUGUUUUCUUGCGUUGCCAGGACCGUCCGCUGCUCUGAGUCAUGUGUAAGUGGGAAGUCGCACUGACACGGAGCCUGGCCAGAGGGAGCCGAGCCGAGAGCGGCGCGGGGCUCGGGGACUCGCCGUGCGUGCAGAUCGCGGUGCCCCAGGGGAUGGGGGCUGCCCUCGGGGCUUAAGCCCGCCCGCCGCCCCGCCCCGCCCCGGCCGCCAGCUCCCGACCCGCGCGUCCGCCCGCCCGCCCGCCUCUCUGGGACCAUGGGGCAUUAGCCAAGGAGGAAGCAUGCUGGCCGUCUGCUGCGCGCUGCUGACCGCCCUGCUUGCGACGCCCGGGACGGCGCUGGCCCCGGGGGGCUGCCCCGCUCUGGAGGUGGCAAACGAUGUGCUGACCAGCCUGCCAGGGGCCAGCGUUACCCUGACCUGCCCAGGUGGGGAAGCAGGGGACAAUGCCACCGUUCACUGGGUGCUCAGGAAUCAGGUCACAGGUUCACGCCAAGGCAGAUGGGCUGGCGUGGGAAGGAGGCUGCUUCUGAGGUCUGUUCUGCUUAGCGACUCUGGAAACUAUUCGUGCUACGAGGACGGCCGCCCAGCUGGAAGUGUGCGUUUGCUGGUGGAUGUUCCCCCCGAGGAGCCCCAGCUCUCCUGCUUCCGGAAGAGCCCCCUCAGCAACGUGGGUUGUGAGUGGAGUCCUCGGAGUCCCCCGUCCCCGACCACCAAGGCUGUGUUAUUGGUGAGGAAGUUUCCGGUGAAAGACUUCCAGGAGCCGUGCCAGUACUCCCCGGAGUCGCAGCAGUUCUCCUGCCAGUUGGCAGUCCCAGAGGGAGACAACUCUUUGUACGUCGUGUCCCUGUGUGUCUCCAACAGUGCCGGGAGCCAGUCCAGCAGACCCCAAACAUUUGAGGGUUACGGAAUCCUGCAGCCUGACCCACCCGUCAAUGUCACGGUCACCGCUGUGGACAGAAACCCCCGCUGGCUCAGCGUCACCUGGCAAGACCCCCCUUCCUGGAACUCAUAUUUCUACAGGUUACAGUUUGAGCUCCGAUACCGGGCUGAACGAUCAAAGACAUUCACAAUGUGGAUGGUCAAGGAGCUCCAGUAUCACUGCAUCAUCCACGACGCCUGGAGUGGCAUGAAGCAUGUGGUGCAGCUUCGGGCCCAGGAGGAGUUUGGGCAUGGCUUAUGGAGUGAGUGGAGCCAGGAGGUCACGGGCGUCCCUUGGACAGAAUCCAAGAGUUCUCCAGCUGAGACUGAGCUGCCCCCCUCCACACAGGCACCUACUACUAAUGAAGAUAAUGAAAAUAUUUUCUCCAAAGAUUCUGCAAAUGCAACAAGCCUCCCAGUGCAAGAUUCUACUUCGGUACCACUGCCCACAUUCCUGGUGGCUGGAGGAAGCCUGGCCUUCGGGACGCUCCUCUGUAUCGGCAUCGUCCUGAGGUUCAAGAAGACGGGGAAGCUGCAGGCUCUGAAAGAAAGCAAGACGAGCGUGCACCCACCGUAUUCUUUGGGACAGCUGGUCCCUGAGAGGCCCAAGCCCACCCCAGUGCUCGUCCCCCUCAUCUCCCCGCCGGUGUCCCCCAGCAGCCUUGGGUCUGACAACACCUCGAGGACUAGCCGACCAGAUGCCAGUGGCCCUCAGAGCCCUUAUGACAUCAGCAACAGAGACUACUUCUUCCCCAGAUAGCUGGCUGGCCGGGUGGCAUCUGGCAGCCUGGAGUGUCAGGCCCCCUGGACUAUGUGGAUGCUGAAGCACAAACUGGCUUAGCAAAAGAUGCUCGUCACUGCCAUGCCAGCUCACCUCAGGUACUCGGGGCCUCUGGCUUCACCUUUACAGAAGAGCCUCGCAGAAAGUUCUGUGCUGGGUGAAAAAAAGGUUUGCUGCAUCUGUUCAGAAGGAAGAGGUGGUUGAGUUUUUGAACCACUCUUCCCCAAAUGCCCUGCUUCCAGGGGUUAGAUUGAACUCAGGCCCCCGUGAAGAGAGGGGUGUCAGGACUCUACCGGACACUCAGGUGGGCAGAGCCGGGUGGCUGCACAGGCCUCAGACUCCCCCCUGGGCUUGGUGUGGACAAGUUGCUGGCCGCCCGCGCACCCCGACCCACCUCCAGGAGCUGCACCCUCAGGCGGGUGGGCUGAAUUUCCAGCCAAAGACUCCCCGAGUCGCUUAUCUCUUGGCCCACCGCACAGUUUCACCUUCUAGCUUCUUGAAACCCAAGUGCCUUCGCAAUUCAGUUUUACUAGGCCUGAGAUUGGCUUUUCUUAAACCACCGAAGCUGGGGGAAAGUCUCACCUGCUUUUCUUCACUGAACAGCUGAGAGGGGGUGAUAGUAUCUCAGGGCCUGAUGGUUUGAAAUAGAAUUAUAAUUAGUUCCUCAUUAGCAUUUUCCUAAAUGUGAAUGAUAGUCCUAGGCACUUGCUGAAUCCAGAAGCAACUGCACUGGCUCGAUUUCCCUUUUUGGAUCCCAGGACUUCAGGAAAGAAGCCGAGGGGGAGUGGUGGGGACAGGGUCUCCAUGCUUUCUGUCGUAGCAUUGCUGAGGGGGACGGCGGCCUCUGCAAACCACCAUUCUCCAUUCUCCCCCUCCCCUGGCCCUCCAAAAUGAGAACUGGCAUUAGGGAGGGCUUCUGCCAGUGGUGAAAUCAAAGCUGCCUUAUUCCAGCUUUGUUUAUUUUGGUUUCAGCUGAGCCUGAGUAACCAGGGAAGAUAAUAUUUAUGCGAAAAGACAAAAGAACCCGGCAAGAAUGGAUUUUAAUUUGGUUUUUAAAAAACUGCUGACUAUUUUAUCUUCAGAGGGUGGAAGAUGCAGUAUUAGCUGAGUGUCAGUAUAGAAAUAAUGGGGGAAAAGCACAAUAGCUUUGUUUAGCACAAAACUGAGUCAAGUGAAAAAGGAGGAGAAAAGGAGAUUUUGCCCUAUUAGAGAAGAGACUCUGGUUUCAUUCUAAAUUUUGUUUUUGCCUUAAAAAGUGAAAAAAAAAAAGUCUGCCUCUUCUCUAAUUGAGCGGAAAAGCAGCUUGUUACUACUCCCCCAGGCGGCUGAGAAGGAAACGGUGUCCAGCUCCGUGUCACAGUGCUGGGAAGCAAGCCUCCCACGAUUACCUAGCAGGUCAGCUGAAAAUCCCCACCCCUGAAAGCCACGAGCCCUUGGGUAUCAGAGGAGGUUCAUUAAAAAAAAAAAUCCCUAAACUUGGUGCCUUCCUCUCUUUAGUUAGUUCCUUGAAUGUGAUUCAGUUCAGCUAGUAUUGAAGCACCGAGUAAAUGUCUAGCCGUGACACUGCACUAACCACUUCAGUUCACUUUUCUGUCUGGGCUUUGAAAAUUCAGUGAUGUUAGUGGUUACCCAAACAAGCACCCUCAAGUAUUCUGGGAGGUCCCAGAAUGAAGCUGUGAUUAAAAUCAGUCGUGUAACCACCACUAAAAAUUUACCAGACCACAAAACUUUUCUAAUAGUCUCCCCUUUUAGAAAAAUAACCACCAGCACCAGAUAGGUGGGGAAAGGAUGGAAAUGACCAUGUUUUAUUUACCGUUUGCCAGGUUCAGACUGUUAUGAUGUUGGACUACGCAGUGAUUUUCAUUGCUGGCUUUGGCUGUAAAUUUCAGACCCUGUUGCUGCUUUUGGCAGCUAAUCUU